UCACCAAGCGCCAGGACGAACUUGUGCGUCGAGAGUCCGCGCCUGUCCACCCUCCCGACUUUGGUUCCUCCUGAUCCUCCUGAUCCGCUCUGGAUCCGCUCUGGAGCCGCUCUCUGCCGGUGUUUCUAAUCGGUUGUUAAUCGGUUUCCUGCGGGACUUGUCCAUGAACGGCGCCAUGGCCGCGUCCUCUCACCGGAUCACGCUGGGCCCGCUGGUUGCCGCCAUCGACCAGGGAACCAGCUCCACACGGUUUCUGGUGUUUAAUUCCAAAACAGCAGAGCUCCUCAGCCAUCAUCAGGUGGAAAUCAAACAGAGCUUCCCCAAAGAAGGAUGGGUGGAGGAAGACCCCAAAGAAAUCCUGCAGUCUGUGUUCGAGUGCAUGGAGCGGACGUGUGAAAAACUCACCCAGCUCAACAUCGACAUCUCCAACAUUAAAGCUAUCGGAGUGACCAACCAAAGAGAGACCACGCUGGUUUGGGACAAAGAGACCGGGGAGCCCCUCUACAAUGCAAUCGUUUGGCUGGAUCUGCGGACUCAAUCAACAGUCGAACGUCUCAUUAACAAAACUCCAGGAAGGAACAAGAACCACUUGAAGCAUAAAACGGGGCUCCCGAUCAGCACUUACUUCAGCGCGGUGAAACUUCGCUGGCUGAUGGACAACGUGGUCGAGGUCCACGAAGCCGUCCUGUCUCACCGCGCCAUGUUCGGCACCGUGGACUCCUGGCUCAUUUGGUGUUUGACAGGAGGAAAGUCAGGCGGCGUCCACUGUACGGAUGUGACCAACGCCAGCAGAACCAUGCUGUUUAACAUUCACACUAUGGACUGGGACCCUGAACUUUGCACAUAUUUUGGUAUUCCCAUGGAGAUCUUGCCCAGAGUGAGGAGUUCUUCAGAAAUCUAUGGUCUCAUGAAAAUAUGUUCUAGCCGGAAAUCUGGAGCUCUUUCAGGUAUUCCCAUCUCAGGGUGUCUUGGGGAUCAGUCAGCGGCGCUGGUUGGACAGAUGUGUUUUCAGGACGGACAGGCUAAAAACACGUAUGGAACUGGCUGCUUCCUCCUGCGAAACACUGGAGCCAAGCCUGUAAUGUCCGACCACGGUCUUCUGACGACGGUGGCGUACAAACUUGGUCGGGACACACCUGCCUGUUACGCACUGGAGGGCUCUGUGGCCAUUGCAGGAGCUGUGGUUCGUUGGCUGCAGGACAAUCUGGGGAUCAUCGGAUCGUCUGAAGAGCUCGAGAAGUUGGCUGCAUCCGUCGGGACAUCCUACGGCUGUUAUUUUGUUCCUGCGUUCUCAGGUCUUUAUGCACCGUACUGGGAGCCCAGUGCAAGAGGGAUCAUUUGUGGGUUAACUCAGUUUACUAACAAGAGUCACGUCGCAUUCGCUGCACUGGAAGCGGUGUGUUUCCAGACGCGAGAGAUUCUGGACGCCAUGAACCAGGACAGCGGCAUCCCGCUGACUCAGCUCCAGGUGGACGGAGGAAUGACGUCCAACCGGCUGCUGAUGCAGCUGCAGGCGGACAUUCUCUGCAUCCCUGUUGUGAAGCCGUCCAUGCCUGAGACCACAGCUCUCGGUGCAGCGAUGGCAGCAGGAGCAGCAGAGGGGGUGAGCGUGUGGAGUCUGAACCCAGAGGACCUCAGUGAAGUCACCUCCGAGAAGUUUGACCCUCAGAUCAACCCUGAAGAGAGCGAGUUUCGGUACGCUCGAUGGAAGGUGGCGGUUCAGAAAUCCAUGAACUGGGAGACGACAGAGCCGAUUGGUAACGGAAACGGUGAAACUAGUAUCUUCAGCAGCGUCCCGCUGGGCUUCUACAUCCUGGGCAGCAUGUUGAUGUUAGUUGGUGCUAAAUACCUCGCAGGCAACAACUAGGCUCUGACUCCUGAAGGCAUUAAAGCAAAGAGGAACGUGGAAACAAACUGUUCAUGCUGGACCAACACGUGUUGCACUCUUUUCCCAAAAAAGGCAUUCCAGGAGGAAGAACGACGCUCCUGCUGAAUCUCACCGGCAAACCAGGACAAGUCUGAACUGUUUAUGGGGAUUUUUCUUUAUUAUUAUGUAAUUUUUUAUUUAAUGCAUUUGUCUCUGCAGCAGACAAUGGUACAUUAGAGAUUAAUUUUAGCAACAGUGAGCAUGCAGUAUUUCUUUUGUUGAUAUCACAGUAUGAAUUUCUGAGAUUAUUUAUGUAGAAACUCGUCGUUGAAGUGAAGCUCGUUGUCUAAUCUGUUGUUGGUGUGAUGUUUUGUUGUUCAGACCCUCCACUAUGAGCUACAGAGCACUUUAUAUUUUGUUGUUUGGUCUUGUGGGAGCUAACAGAGUGUAAUAUAUAUAUAUAAAUAUAUAUAUUUAUCUAACAGUUGGGAUUAAGACAGAAAGUGAAUGAACUGACGAGGAGAACGCAACGUUCUUGUACAUAAUGUCAUGUUCUUAAACGGUAAAAACAUGUGUUGUGUAAAGGGCAAACAUGCAAUGAAGGGCAAUAAUGAAUCAGCAAAGGAAUACACACAUAUUUGAAUAUUUCUGUGGACAUCCUCCCAAAGCUAGAAACCAACUACGGAGAUCAUUAAGGGACAAAAAAUGGAGCAGCUGUUAAUAAGUGAUUUAUUUUGUCGACCAACGUGUUGAUCUAGCUUCAUUUUUUUUACAGACUAUUCUGGUUAAUAUUCAAUUUUAUGACUUAAACAUGCUCUGCUGUCACUACUUUACACAGAACAUGUCAUAUGUUUCUUUAAUGUGAUGAUUUUUCCAUAAUUUAUCAGAGGAAACUACACAUUUUUGUCCCUCUAGUUGCAUGCAAAACGUUCAAAAGCAAACAUUUUACAUGCAUCCUCAAAGAUAACUCUCAAUGUUUGGCAUUGAUUAAAUUAUUUAGAUUAUUUAAAGGGAGAUUUCUAAAACUAUAGAAACACAAAUGAGGAAGAAGAAGCGAUAAACGAAUGUCUAUUUAUUCUGUUGCCCAACAUUUGUCAUAUUUGUCCUCUGUGUGGAUCUGAUAUUUGAUGAAAGGUUAUUUGUUUGUUUGAGAAAUGGUUUAGUGUUUGCUCUGUAUUGUCAUGCAGUUGUUUGUUGAACUGAAGGUAAAUUACUAGGGCUGCAACUAAGGAUUAUUUUUAUUAUCGAUUAAUAUUCCCGUUAUUUUCUCGAUUAAUUGUCAGAAAAUAGUGAAAAAUGUUUUAAGUUUCUCAAAGUUCAAGUCUUUAAAUGUCUUU